AUGACUGAUGAAUUCAAUCGAUAUUAUAUCAAAAUUCGAGCUAUUUUGGGGAUAGAUUCAAAAACAAUCUUUGACGAACUUACAGAGGCAUUGGGACCUGAUGCUCCAUCAUAUCCAACAGUCAGAAGAUGGGCGAAACGUUUUCGUGAAGGAAGAGACGAUGUCACUGAUGAUCCUCGAUCUGGUCGUCCGAUUUCGGUACUUACAGAUGAAAAUGUUGAACGCGUUCGACAAGUUAUCGAAGAUGAUCCACACUCAACUUAUGAUGAUAUUAUGGGUGAGACUGAUCUAUCACGUGGUACAAUAGAACGAAUUAUUCAUGAUCGUCUAAAGAUGAGAAAAGUUACAUCACGUUGGGUUCCUCAUCAACUUACUGACGAACAAAAACAAAAACGACUUAGAAUUUGUCGUCAAAAUUUAGAGAAAUUUAGAAAUGGAACAUGGCAUUUAUGUGAUGUUAUUACUGGUGAUGAGACAUGGAUUUAUCACAGGCAGAUUGGUCGAAAGUCAAGCAAUGCUACUUGGGUUGGCGAAAAUGAACUACCAAGAACCAUUUUUCGUCGGAAUAGAUUUGAACCUAGAACACUAUUUUGCUUCUUCUUCAAAUCCACUGGUUCUCUUCUCAUACACAAAGUAGAUAAGGGCAAGACAAUCGAUCAUGACUACUAUAUUGAUAAUUGUCUUAUACCUGUUAUCAAUGAAAUAAGAAAAAAGGAAAAGUCAUCACGUACUACAUAUAAAAUGCUUCAUGAUAAUGGUCCUCCUCAUACUCAUCCAGAUGUUAUUGAUUAUUUAAUGGAGGAAGGAAUCGAAAUCAUUCCACAUCCACCAUAUUCACCAGAUCUCGCACCGUUUGUAGUGCUUGUAGUAACGAAUGGUGGAAAAUCACUGGUUUUCUCGCAAGGAAAUAAACUGAGUUCAAUGGAGCGUCCGUCAGGCAAUGCUACUGUCAUUUUAAUACCUGGAACACCUUUAUUAAGACGAGCUUUAAUGUAA